GAGUGGGGCACUGGGAAAGACCUGGCCUUGCACGAGGAUUCCCCCUCGCACGAGGAUCCGGCCACAAGGGAAGACCCGACCUCAAGUCAAGACCAAGCCUUGCAUGAGGACCCGGCCUUGCACGAGGAUCUGGUCUUGCACGAGGAUCCCCCAUCACAUGAGGACUUGGCCACAAGCAAAGACCCGGCCUCGCACGAGGACUUGGCCUCAUACAAGGAUCCGGCCUUGCACGAGGAUCUGGCCGCGAGGAAAGACCCAACCUCAAGUCAAGACCAGGUUUUGCACGAGGACUCGGCCUCACACGAGGAUCUGGCUUCAUUGGAGGACCCGGCUUUGCACGAGGAUCAGGACACGAGGAAAGACCCAGCCUUGCACGAGGACCCAGCCUCAAGCAAAGACUCAGCCUUGCACGAGGAUCUCCCAUCACAUGAGGACGUGGCCACAAGCAAAGACCCGGCCUCACACGAGGACCCGGCCUUGCACGAGGAUCAGGGCACAAGGACAGACCCAGCUUUGCACGAAGACCCGGCCUCAUACAAGGAUCCACGCUCGCACGAGGGUCUGGUCUUGCACGAGGAGCGGGACGCUAGGAAAGACCAGGCCUCGCACGAGGAUCCCCCCUCGCACGAGGAUCCGGCCGCGAGGGAAGACCCGACCUCAAGUCAAGACCAAGCCUUGCACGAGGUCCCGGCUUCGCACGAGGAUCUGGCUUCACUUGAGGACCCGGCUUUGCACGAGGAUCAGGACACGAGGAAAGACCCAGCCUCGUAUGAGGAUCCAGCCUCCAGCAAAGACCCGGCCUUGCACGAGGACCCGGCCUCAUACAAGGAUCCAGCCUCGCAUGGGGAUCUGGCUUCACACAAGGACCUGGCCUUGCACGAGGAUCUGGUCUUGCACGAGGAUCCCCCAUCACAUGAGGACUUGGCCACAAGCAAAGACUUGGCCUCAUACAAGGAUCCGGCCUUGCACGAGGAUCUGGCCACGAGGAAAGACCCAACCUCAAGUCAAGACCAGGCUUUGCACGAGGACUCGGCCUCACACGAGGAUCUGGCUUCAUCUGAGGACCCGGCUUUGCACGAGGAUCAGGACACGAGGAAAGACCUGGCUUUGCACGAGGAUUCCCCCUCGCACGAGGAUCUGGCUUCACUUGAGGACCCGGCUUUGCACGAGGAUCAGGACACGAGGAAAGACCCAGCCUUGCACGAGGACCCAGCCUCCA